AUGAAACAAGUAUGUGAGCAGUUCAAAAUUGUGCACCACAAUUCUACUCCAUACCGACCAAAAGCCAACGAGGCUGUGGAGGCUGCCAACAAGAAUAUCAAAAAGAUUCUGAAGAGGAUGGUUCAAGGCACCAGAAAAUGGCAUGAGAAGCAAUUUUUUGCACUUUUGGGAUAUCACACAACAUUGCGCACUUCGAUUGGUGCAACUCCUUAUUUUCUGGUGUAUGUGACUGAGGCUGUGAUACCCACAGGAGUCGAAAUCCCAUCUCUUCAAAUUAUUGUUGAGUUUGAAAUUGAGGAUACUGAAUGGGUCAAAACCAGACUAGAGCAGCUCACAUUAAUAGAUGAGAAAUGUUUGACGGUCGUCUGUUUUGGUCAACUUUAUCAACAAAGGAUGGCUCGUGCAUAUAACAAAAAGGUGCACCCAAGAUAUUUUGAAGUAGGUCAACUGGUCUUAAAACGUAUUCUCCCACUCCAAGAAGAAGCCAAGGGAAAGUUUUCCCCAAAUUGGCAAGGUCCAUACCUUAUCAAGGAAGUGUUUUCCAAAGGAGCCUUGCACUUUACUGAUGUGGAGGAAAAAAUCACAGGCAUAAUUUUUAAUGCGGAUGAAGUCAAAAGAUAUUACAUCUAA